AUGGUGGCGCCCAACCCAACGGGCGUCUACUGGGCAUCUGCCGCGAAUCCUGGUCAUGGGGUCUGCAGCUUUGCAAUCGCCGCAUCCAGCGGUAGCAUUCUACUUCGUGAAAACGAAGACGAAUGGGCUUUAGAACGAAGCCAGUGCAUUCAAGGCCAGCAUGAAGCAGUGGCCGUCGAUUGGUUAGGUACAAAUGUCGUCUUGAAAGGCUGUAGAGAAGGGGCAAUCAGGUUGUGGGAUACCAGGAGUGGCGCGGAGAGCGCAGAGCCGAGAAUUCAACACACCAGCGCGAUUAACCACACAAGGAGUAUCGAUGAGAACUUCAUCGUAGUAGCAGGCCUGCAAAACGAGCUUUGCACCUAUGAUAUCCGGUAUGCCAAGCGAGCCAGCCCCGCUCAUGCCACACAACCGUACGAUAGAUUCCCGGCAUACCGCAACAACGCAUUGAAUCACCUCUCGAUCGGGCUAGACCUUCAUCGCAAUCUGGUCGCUGCCGCAACUGAUGAUGGAAGAGUGCAGAUCUUCGAUGUCAAGAAAGGAGUGGAGCUAGAAUGUCGCAUCAAGAAUCUCGGUGCGAAUGCCGCAUGCGUGAGAUUCGUGGAUGAACAGAGGUCAGGGAAUGGAUUGAAGCUAAUGGUGGCUGCGGGACCAAGGAUUGACGGGUGGGCUUUCGAAGGCCCUGGAGAUAGGGACAUCCACGAUAGAGAUACGGCUCAUUAUUGCACCUGA